UCUCCCCACUUACAAAUCUCUACCCUCUCUCUCAUCAAUUCAACCGAGCCAGAGGAAGAACUCAACAAUUCUCUGCUUCCAGAGCGGGUAAUUAUUCCAAGAAUCUGGGUUUAUGGUAUUUUCUCGAUGACUUUGACAAUCAUCGCCGCCUAAAACUCACCGACUUACGAAGUUUCCGAUUUCCACAAGGAUUGUAACGCGAAUUUGACCGUUCAGAUCAAUACGCUUAUCGUCACCUCCCUAGCUUAUUGUAACGCGAAUUUGGUGGAGAAGGAUUUCGGCAACAGUUAAUCUUCCACUAUACAUGGCAAAUAUUCGACAAAGCUCGGCGGCACCUUUUCGAGUUCCUAGACCAACCCUUCAUUCAGAUGUGGAGGAAAUAAGCUCAACCCAAGCGGAUCCUAAUUCUCGGAAUCGUCAAAUACGUUGGAGUGAUGCAAUGGACGGUUGUAUGAUAACUGCACUACUACAUCAAGUGUUGUCUAAUCACAAAAGAAGUGACAAUGGCUUUUCAUCAUAUCACGUGUCCAAAGCAAUCGAGAACGUGCACAAUGGAUGCGGAGUCACGGUGUCUGAUAAGAAUGUGAGGGCGCGAUUGAAAACUCUGAAAAAAGAAUAUGUUGAAGUUCUUCAGUUGUUAAGCAUGAGUGGUUUUGGGUUAGAUCCUCACACUAGACAUGUCACAGCCAAUGUACUAGCUUGGGAGGAGUUGUUGAAGGGCAAACCAAAAUUUGGAAAGUGGAGGACCAAACUUUGUUCUCGUUAUGAUGAUUUGGAGGCUAUCUUUGGAAAUGAUUCUGCUACAGGAGAUCAUGCUGUAACCGGAAAUGACAUUUUAUCCCCCGAUCAUGAUGAAAAUGUGCAUGAAGUUGAUGGUCAAAAUGAGGAUACAGAUCCAAGCCCCAUUCGCUCUCCUAAGUGUAAUGCCGAAGGAGGAACUAACAAAGUUCGCCGUCGACAUACCCAACCUAAUGAUGAGAGUCUCGUUGCCCUAUCAAGCAUUGUCGAAUCAUCUAAAAAAAUUGCUGUUGCUAUGGAAACUCAAGCAACAUUAGAUACGCUAAACCAUAUCAAUUGGCAAUUGGUUCUAGAAAAAUUACAAGGCAUGAGUAUAGAAAAGCGUGACAUAAUACAAGUAAUAAAAAUAUUUCGAUCGGAUGAGAGUCUGGCUAAAGUAUUUAUGAGUUUGACUGAUGAAGAAGUCAUGCGUGAUUUAGUAUUUGAGAAUCUGGGCCGUGAUCCGCCUGCACUAUUUUAAGAUGACUUGCUUGGAUAAUUUAACAAACAUAUGUGAAAGUAUGACAUUUAUGUUGAUUUUAUUUGCUAUUUUCUUAUGAUACAGAUUUUU